GUUAGCGGGGAGUCAAAGGCAGUGACCUCCCAUUCCCUGUAGUUUUUAAUAGUUCCUCAGGAGUAGCCAUUACACCAUUGGAAGUGGGAGAGGGGAAUCUCAUAAGGACUUGCCUUGAUGGGCUUAAAAAGAUUAAAUGGCCAACAAUUGACUGAUUCAAUUUCAUCUGCAGCUAUAGCUUUGUCCGUUAAGACACCAGUGAGUUGAAUUGAGUCAUGGCCGGUUAUAGUGGGUCUUUCUUGUUUUGCAGGUUGCCAGAUUUUGUUCACACUCAUCUGCAUCCUGCGGCCCCUGGUAGUUGUUUAUCACUCCGAACACUGCCCCAUUGUCAUUGUGCUAACAGUGUCCCUUUCGGCUGUGAUAAGGUGUCACCAUGAGCAAGGCGAAGUCGAGUAGGGACAGAAGGAUCAAUCCGCCUGGCGUCACCAGGGUGACCCGCAGUUCUAUCAUCACCACUCAGGACUCUCAGCGCACUAAACCUACAGAUUCAGGCCUUGUUGAUGAUCUCAGCCUAAUGAGCGUGAGUGAACAGCAGGCCUUGUUAGCACGGGAAGGGAAAUCCUACCAGAGUCCCAGCACCAAAUCUUUUCUCUCCUCAGCCUCUGGCAGCUCUGUCCCCCGCGAGGCUUUGGGAACUAUCGGCAGAAUGAUGAAGCUCGGACGGGUGCGAAACAUUGUGGUGGUUGCUGGAGCAGGUAUCAGCACAGCCAGCGGUAUACCAGACUUCAGGACACCAGGGACGGGUCUUUAUGCAAACCUUGCGAAGUAUGACAUCCCUUAUCCAGAGGCCAUCUUUAACAUUGACUACUUCUCUGACAAUCCUCAUCCUUUCUUCUCAUUGGCUAAAGAGCUGUACCCUGGACACCACCGUCCAAACUACGUUCACUAUUUCAUCCGUAUGCUGCAUCAGAAGGGCCUGUUGCUCCGCAUGUACACUCAGAACAUCGAUGGACUUGAAAAGCUGUGCGGUAUCCCAGAUGACAAACUCGUGGAGGCUCAUGGGAGUUUUGCUACUGCUGCCUGUCACCUCUGCUAUACGCCAUAUCCUGCAGAGGAAGCCAAGCAAGCUAUAAUGAACGGCAACGUACCCAUCUGUACUUUUUGUGCCGGGGCAGUCAAACCUAAUGUUGUUUUCUUUGGAGAGGAUCUGCCAGAAAAGUACUUUCAACAUGCUGAAGAUUUCCCAAAAGCUGACCUUCUCAUGAUCAUGGGCACUUCUUUAAAGAUUGAGCCCUUCGCCAGCCUGAUUAACACCGUAAAGUCCACAGUGCCUCGUCUGCUGCUGAACCGCGAUGCGGUCGGGCCCUUCGAGCGGAGGCCCCUGAGGAGGGGCGACUACAUGGAGCUGGGGGAUCUCUCCGAUUCGGUCCGAAAACUUGCAGAGAUCCUGGGGUGGCAUACUGAGAUCCAAGACCUGAUGAACAGCCAUGAAAAUGGUGUUUGUUCCUAUACUGACCCCAGCAGUAGCAGCGGUGAGAACAGUGACUCCUCUGAGACUGAUAGCAUGCAUUAAUAUCAUCCACAGAGAUGCUCUGUAUGUUUAAAAUAACCUUGGCUAUGGAAUGGAGACCUGGCAAGGGUUCAAGACCUGCAUUGAUAUUUAUCU